CAAAUCUAAAACGUAAAAAUAAUUAAAUUAAAUUAAACCAAAAAUUAAUCAACGAAAACAAAACAAAAAAAGAGUGAUUGCGCAAAGCGCUAAUUGCUAUCCAUAUGCCCAAAUGGGUAAUAAGAUAUCAUGCGCCAAUUGUAAUGGCAAACCAUCAUCAGCACAUGUAGCAGGACAUCAACAUCAACAUCAUCAUCAAACAUCAAGUAAUACGGGUGUAUUAUCAUCAACAACAUCAGCGAUAGCUGCUGGAACAACAAUUGGUUCAAACGUGGCUCGUUCACAACAACAACAAUAUCAACAUCAUUAUCAUCAAAGUGGUGGUGGUGGUAGUGUUGUUGGUGGUAAUGUAAUUAUCGGAACUGGAAGUGGUGGUGGUGGUGGUGGUGGUGCACCAAUUUCAAAUAUAUUAACUGCCGGUCGUUCAAAUCAUAUUCUAAGAUUAUGGGCUGAAGUAUUUCAUGUAUCAGCAUCAUCAGGUGCUGUACGUUGGAAUCAAGUUAGCGAUGAUUUAGUACCAGUUACAGUAUCAUUUAUAAAUGGACGUUAUCAUAUCACUGCAUUUAAUUCACGUGUUGAAAAAGUAUUAGAUUGUUGGUUACAAUCAAAUAAAUUAGGACAAGCAUCAUCAUGUUUUAUUUAUUGGAAAGAUAAUGUUUCCGGUGAUACAUGGGGUUUAAAUUUUACAUCACCAGCUGAUGCACGUGCAUUUCGUGAAUGUAUACAAUCCGGUACAAUACAAUUACAAACAACAACAACCAGUUCACAUGGACCAAAACGUACUGAAUCUUCAUAUAGUUUACGUGCAGUUGCAAAUGCUAUUAUAAAUCAAGAUGAUUCUACACAUCAACAACCUCAACAACAGCAACAAUCACAUGGACGUCAAAGUAAAGCUGGUUCGGGUGCACAUUUAACAACAAAAUAUUAUUCAAAUCGUACGGCAUUAUCGACACCAAAUUCACCAUCAAAACGACGAUUACAGCAACAACAACAACAACAACAUCAACAAAUUGAACAAUUACAACAACAACAACAACAAGCUUAUGGUCAACAACAACCACCGCAAUGUACAUGUGAUUGUUUAACAGCAGAAAUGUUACAUAAACAAAGAAAUGGCCGUAUACGUUAUGCAAAUUUUACUCGUCAAGAUAGUGGUGGUACAACACAAUCAUCUAGAUCGGAUGGUUCAUUAAUUAGACGUCAACAUGAACGACAACAACAAUAUUAUCGUAGUGCACAUCAACGUUCAAUGGAUGAACAUUAUAGAAAUCGUGUUUCAACAACACCGGCAAGUCAAUCACAACAACAACAACAACAAUCUCGUACAUUGGGACCAUCACAUCGUCAUAGUCGUAUACAACCAAUUCAAAGUAAUCAGCCACCAACGCAACGUAUUCAAAUGACCGGUAGUAGUAGUGGUGGUGGUGGUGGUCAUCAAUCAUCAGAUAAUUAUCCAACUUCCGUACAGAAUGGUGUUGGUGGUAGCUAUAUUCAGAUACAACAUCAAAAAGCAAUAGUUCAUAGUAGUGGCGGUAAACAACAAGAUCAACAACAACAACAAAUUAUCCAGGAUCAACAACAACAACAACAGCAGCCAUCAAGUCGUCCACAAUCACAAGCUCAAACACAAACACAACAAUUAGUAUCGACUGCAACAACAACAGAUGAUUUAGAAACAAUCGCAACAACAGGAACUGGUGCAAAUAUUUCGCAACAAAAACGUUCAUCAACACGGCCAAAAUCAUUAGUAACCGGUAGUAGUAGUGGUGGUGGUGGUGGUGGUACGGAAGAAACACGUCGUGAUCGUACACAUCGAUCAUUAGAAGGACGUCGUCGUUCAUUAGAACGUAUGCAAUGUGUUGAUUUAACUGAUUCAUCACCAACAAUACCAAUUCGAGAUAAUAAUCGUGAUUUAAUCGAUUAUCAUCGGCCUUCAGCUGCUCAAUUAGAAGAAUAUGAACGUGAAUUACGACGUCGAUUAUUACAUGGUGGAGAUUCAUCCGGUGGUGGUGGUGGUGGUAGUACUAGUGUUAAUAAUAAUGAUGCCUUGGAAACAUUUGAAACAUUAUUGAAAGAAUCAAUGGAUGAUGUUGCCAAUUUAAUGCGUGAAGUACAACAUGAAUUAACAUUGAUACGAGCAGAAGAGAAACGUUAUCAAUCACAAUCAACACAAUCAUUACAUCGUAUUGCAUCGGCAGCUAAUCUUUAUGGACCAGGUUCAUUAUAUGCUAGUGGUGGUGGUGGUGGUGUUCGUUCACCAAUACCACAAUUUGAUACAAUGUCAAUCGAUGGUCAAUUACCAUUUUUGCCUUCAUUCGCUAGCUCAUUAGCACAAGCAUCAUCUGCUUAUCAUCAUCAUCAACAACAACAACAUCCACAACAACAAAAUACAUACCAAUCAUGGGAUCGUAUUGCUGCCGGUUAUUUAACAUCAUCAGAAAUAUCUGAUGAUGAUCGUGCAUCAUUAACAACAGCUAUUUCAGAUGAUGAAGAUAUUAUUGCUACUAAUACUGCUGCUACUGUUACCGCUGCCAUUUCAUUUGAAUGUCUUGGUUCGGUACGAAAAUCGGGUUUUUUAUCCGUUAAAAAAUGGCUUAUACGUAAACGACAUAGUUUAGAAUUGGCACGUAAACGUGGUUGGAAAGGUUAUUGGGUUUGUUUAAAAGGAACAACAUUAUUAUUUUAUAGUUGUGAUGCAAAUAUGAUACAAAAUUCAUCCACGCAAAAUAUUGAUUCAAUUGGACAACAACAACAACAACAACCAAAAAGUGGUCAAUCAAGUACAAGUGAAUUAACACCAAAACAUUUAAUAUUUGUUGAUGAAUGUUUAGUACAACCGGUACCGGAACAUCCACGUCGUGACAAUGUAUUCUGUCUUUCAACUUCAUUCGGUGAUGCCUAUCUAUUUGAUGCUACCUCAUUACCUGAACGUGAUCAAUGGAUACAGGUAAUACAUACAGCUUGUGCAGCACAAAUUGCUAGAAAUUCUGGACGUUGUACAAUAUCACAUUAUCUUGUUGAACAAUAUCAACGUAUUGAACAAAUUUUUGAACAAGAUUAUCAACAACGACAAGAAGCAGAAUUAUUAUUAUCAUGUUGUCAGGAUGAUAAACAAAAACAACAGCUUAUUAAUCAUAUAUUUUUGUUGGAUGAAAAAAUUGAACGUAAUCGUAUUGAAAUAUUUCGUUUAAAAUCAUAUUUUGCUGCCCUAACCAAUGAUGAAGGACCAAAUCCAAAAACAUUAUUAUCACAAGCAUCAAGACGUACAAAAGCUCAAUUAAAUCGUAUUGGUGUAUUUACUGUUUCAUCACUUCAUGCAUUUAAUUGUGCCAAAAAUCCACAAACAGUUGAAAAAUCAUUACAUCGACAAAAUUCAUUUGGUGGUACAAGUAGCAGUGGUGGUGGUGGUGGUGGUGGUGUUGGAGGUCGUGGUUCUGUUUCACCAAUAAUUCCAUCAAAUGAUUCAGCUAUUGUAUUACAUCGUGAACUUUAUUCACCUCAUCAUCAUUCGAUUGAUAGUCAACAACAAUCACAACAGAUAACAACAGGAAAUAUAACACCAAUAUUACGUGUACAAUUAACAAUAUUAUUAAUGACUGGGGAACAACGACAAAUGGAUAUACCACAAACAUGGACUAGUGAACAAUUAUUAUCAGAAAUAUUUGAUCAUAGUCAAGAAUCACGUGAAUAUUUUUUACGUUGUUCAGAAACUGGUACAAUAUUAUAUCGUAAUGAUCUUGUUGUUAAUUAUAAUAAUCAUACAUUAAUUAUAACGCCAAAGCUUUUAUUUACAAUCGAUUUGGUUCGUGAAUCAAAUGAAAUGUUAUUUGGUUUUUCAGUCGAAUCAGAAUUAUUACAACAUAUUUUACGUGUAUUUGUUAUGCGUGUUGAACCAAAUUCAAUUGCAGCAAUGCAUGGUCUUUGUCGUCAUGAUGAAAUAAUGGUUAUUAAUGGUGCAUUAGUACAAGAAUUGGAUAUGAUGUUUGUUGAAUCAAUACUACAGGAAGAGCUUACACUUUGUCUUAUGAUCAGAUCAUCACGUUUAGAUGUUCCUACACAAGGACAGGCAAUAUUAAAAGUACCAAAUCAAUCAUCAUUAUCAAUUGAUUCAGGUGUUAAAACAUCAACAACAAUUAUUAAUCAACAACAACAACAACAACAAUUAUUAUUAGCACAUCCUGGUGGUGGUAAUGCAUUAACUACAAAUAUAAUUGGUGGAACAAGUUUUGAUACAAAUGAAAAAACAUCACCAUCAGUUACUGAUGAUCUAAUUGAAUCAUUAGUUUGUCCACCACCACCAAGUACUGAUUUUUCACAGCUAAUAUUAUCCGAUAUACAAUUAUCCAAAUAUAUUGUACCAAAAGUUGAUCAUUUUCUACCAACAUCUGAAAAUUUAACAUCAAUGAAUGUAAUUCAUCAACAACAACAACAACAAUCAAAUCAAGAUGGAUUAUCAUCAUUAUUAAUGACAGAAAAUUAUAAUGAUCAUCAUCAUCAAGGUGAUGAUCAACAAUUAUUACAACAACAACAAACAAGUGAUGAACAACAACAACAACAACAACAACAAAUUACAAUUGAAGAUAUUGAUUGUCAAUUAUUAUCAACUGAUACUGGUCCACCAUUAAGUGAAGCAAUACAAAUGGCAUUAAAUCAAUGUCAUGAACAACAAAAUAUUGUUCAACAACAACAACAAUCAUUACAACUUCCAUUACCACCACCACCAUUAUCAUCAACACAAUUAUUAUCAUCAACAACAUCAUCAUCAUCAUCAAAUAUAAAUAGUUUAAAACAUAUGGAAAAAUUAAUUAAAGAAUUAUUGGAUACGGAAAAUAGUUUUUGUCAUUCAUUAAAACAAUUAGUUGAUUUAUAUUUAGAACCAUUAUCAAAAAAUAAUUUUUUAACAAUAACCGAUAUAAAAGUAUUAUUUGGUUCAAUAUUAAAAGUGAUUGAUGCACAGAAUGAAUUUCGUUCAGAAUUACAAGAAGUUGGUGAACAUAUUUUAGGUGAUUGUGAAUUAUUAUUGAAAAAAUGUCAAAUAAAAUUUACAAUUAAUAAUAAUGAACAAGAACAACCAACAGUUAAUGAUCUUGGUGUUGGUUAUAUUGCCGAUUGUUUUGCUAAACAUUCAAAAAAUUUUCGUGAUUAUUCGACAUUUUGUGCCUCACAUGCACGUGCAGUUAAAUUAAUGGCACAAGAAAAAACAGCCGUACAUGAAUGGUUACAGAAACAAUCAAAUGGACAAAUAUCACAAUCAUUAGAAUCAUAUCUAAUACGACCAAUACAACGUGUUUUAAAAUAUCCAUUAUUAUUAGGACAAAUGAAAACAUUAUGUUCAAAAGGUACAACAAAUUAUUGUAAAUUAGAAGAUGCAAUUAAAGAUUUAGAAAAAGUUGCCGAACAUAUAAAUGAAAUGCAACGUUUACAAGAAGAAUAUGGUGCAAUUUUUGAACAUUUAGCACGUAAUCAUCAACGUUUAUCUGGUAUAAAUGGACCAUUAGGUAGUCAUCAAACCAGUGGUAAUCAACAAACAUUAUUAGGACAGAAUAUUGUUGAUUUAUCACCACCGGCAUUAAAACAUUAUGGAAAUGUUGAUUGGAUAAAUUCAAUGGAAUUUUUGGGCAAAAAUUGUCGUAAAGGUGUUGAAUGGAGUUCAAUUUGUUUUGUUUUCAGUCAAUGUGUUGUAUUUCUAUGCAAAGAAACUAUACGACAACGAAAACGAAUGCCAACAGCCAAAUCGAUUGAUGUUGAAAUUAUUCGUCAUCAGGUAUUAAUACCUGUUAUUGAAGUACAAGUACGUGCAUGUCCACAAAAUGAUUCAACAACAUCAAAUAAUGAAACCGAUUUUAAAUGGGAAUUAAUACAAUUAAAAAUGAAUGCCGGUAAACGUUCGGAAAAGAUUUAUCGUCUGAGUAAUAAAACCAGCGAAGAACGUAAUGAAUUUUUACGUGUCAUACGGCAAAUAAUACGUGAAGAUGUACGUCGUAUGAAUGUUACCGUGAAUGUAUCAUUAUCAUCAACAUCGAUUGGAUCAAAAUAUAAACAACAACAACAAUCAAAAAAUAAAUCAUCAACCGAUUCGAGUAAAAAUCGACCAUCAACAACAACAUCGAAAGCAAUGUUAAUGAUGAAAUCAAAUGUUCAACGAAAUGAUGAUCAACAACAACAACAACAUCAACAUCAUCAUCAUCAUCAUAAAGUGCCUUGUGGUCUAUGUGGUAAAGAGAUUGCAUUAGGACAUCAUCAACGACAACAACAAUCGAAUAAAGAUCAAUUAUUAACAUCAGCAACAACAACAACAACAAGAAGACAAGAUUCAAGCUCAACAACAUCUCAUUGAUUCUGUGUUUGUUUGUUUGUUUGAAUAUACAGUAUUAUUUUUUUUUUUGCCACCAUUUACAACUCAUUUGUUUCAUCACUCAACAACAACAACAACAACCAGAA